ACUUUAAAAGUUUAUUUCUAAUUUCAUAGAGAAUGGAAUCACCUUCUAUAUAAGUAAUUUCAUAAUAAAAAUUUGCAUAAAUAAAAGCUCUAUUAAAAUAAAAUAAAAAAUCCCAAGAUCAACAUAGAUAUUACCUAGUUCAUUAUCAGAUACCUAUUAAAUAACCUGUGUCACUUACUUUUCAUAUUGUAGAUCUUUAUAUACUGUAAAGGCUUUGUGUUUUUGUCCUGUGAGGUUCUCUUAUAUAUUUGCAAAAUAUGCUUAAAAUAUUUUUUCUGAUCAUUUCUGUCAUAAAUAAAUUUACUGUUCUCUACAAAGUAUUUAACUCAUCUUACAUUACAAACAAACCUGGUCAUAAAACAAUAGAAAAACAAAAUAAAUAAAACCAAAAAAACCCCACAAAACCCCGUACCUACUAAAAAACUCAACAUGCGUCCUUGCACCACCUUUUAUUUAAGUUUUUUGGUUGUGUAUAAGUGAUAAAUCGCUUAAAUGUACAAACAAGACAGAAAAUGAAACGAAUGACCCAAGGAUGGAUUUGUAUGUCCAUGAAAAAGUUAAGACGUUUGAAUAUAAUAAAGAAAAUAUGAAAAUUAUAAAUUAAACCUUGAAGAGGUUGUAAAACAUUUCGAAAAAUAACCGAAACUGAAACAAAUUUAAACCAUUCAGAAACUAUUUUCUUCCCGUCUCCUCUGUAACAACACAAUUUGAAAAUAAGCCGUUCAUGUCGCUGCUCUCCGAGAAAAGAAAGCACUGGUGAAGUCAUCGUUUUCACGACAGUUCGUUGGAAGCCGUGAAAGGAGUCAUUCCUUUCACGACUCUGCUAUGAAAAGGAGUCGUUUAUAUAAAAUCUCGUUUAUAUUUGGUACAAAUACACCACCAAAUAUCAAGUGUAGGGCUUUGAAGACGGAUUAAUGAUAAUGGCUCGUGAACAUGUUUGUUUUUCGUGGAAGAGGUAUGUCGCAGUGUUCCUGUGUUUUUCUUCCAUCCUGGACACGGUAAGCCCGGUAACUCAUUAUUCCGUUCCGGAGGAAAUGGAUGAAGGGUCCGUUGUUGCGAAUUUAGCAUCUGAUUUGGGAUUAGACGUAAGGAGUCUGAGCAAAAGAAAAAUGCGAGUGGACGUGGUGGGCAACAAGAAAUAUCUUGAUAUUAACAAAGACACCGGGGAGCUUUUUAUUUUGGAAAGGAUUGACAGGGAGUUUCUUUGUCCUCUCAAGACAACAACGUCCUGCUUCCUAAGAAUAGACGCAACCAUUGAAAACCCUGUGCGCAUGUUUAACAUAGAGGUGGAAAUAUUGGACAUAAACGACAACGCUCCUCAUUUUAGAAGAGGAACGAUGCAUUUGGACAUCUCAGAGUCGAGUCCCUGUGGAGAGAGAUUCUCCCUGAACAACGCUGCUGACCCGGAUGUCGGUGCGAAUUCUGUAAAAAACUACCAUCUGAGCGCAAGUGAUAAUUUUGCUAUUGAAAUUCAGACCGGGAGAGACGGAACGAAGUUUGCCGAUUUGGUUCUGAAAAAGGCUCUGGACAGAGAACAGCAGGCUGUUCAUAAUCUGAUUCUGACCGCUGUGGACGGCGGGGUGCCCACGCGCACAGGUACAGCCAGCAUUAUUGUUCGCGUGCUUGAUGUGAACGACAACGCCCCUUCAUUUGACAAAGACCAGUAUGUUGUAGAUGUGAUGGAGAACUCGCCCAUUGGAAGCUUAGUGAUCAAACUGAAUGCUACUGAUUUAGAUGAAGGCUCCAACUCUGACAUUACUUACUCUUACAGUUUAUACACGUCAGAGAGAACCCAGAUGAUGUUUAACCUGAAUCCAGAAAAUGGUGAAAUCAGAGUAAAGGAAAUGAUAAAUUAUGAAGAUUUUAAACUGUAUGAAAUGGAGGUGAUAGCCAGUGACAAAGGACCUACCUCCUUAUCUGGACAGUGUAGAGUUACAAUCCAGGUGACUGAUAUGAAUGACAACCAUCCUGAAAUUUCUAUAAAAUCCUUUCAGAGUCCAGUAAAAGAGAAUGUGGCCACAGACACAGUGAUAGCUGUAGUUAGUGUGAGUGAUAAAGACUCAGGUGAUAAUGGACAGGUUGAUCUUCAUAUUCCAGAGAACAUGCCUUUCAAACUGAGGGAGUCCUCUGAUAACUAUUAUGAGUUAGUGGUGUCAGAGCCAUUAGACAGAGAGAAGGUCCCAGAAUAUGAAAUCACCUUCACUGUCACAGACAGAGGGUCUCCUCCUCUAUCUGACAAUGAAACUAUGACUUUGGAGCUGCUGGAUGUUAAUGACAAUGUUCCUCAGUUCUCCCAGUCAUUUUAUACCAUACGUGUCAUGGAGAAUAACGUACCUGGCUCCUUGCUCAGCUCACUCACUGCAUUUGAUCCUGACCUCCAUGAAAACCAGUAUCUAGUUUAUUUCAUCAUAGAGAAGGAGAUUGCCAACACCUCCAUGUCUAUGCUGUUCUCCAUCAAUCCAGAGAACGGGAAUCUUUAUGCACUGAAAACUUUUGACUAUGAGAUUGAGAAGGAGUUUCUUUUCCACAUUGAGGCCAGAGACUCUGGUUCUCCUCCUCUCAGCAGUAAUGUGACCGUCCACAUCAUCAUUGUUGACCAAAAUGACAACGCUCCAGUUAUUGUCUCUCCUUGGCGCGCUCAUGGCUCAGUGGUGGAGGAGAAGAUCCCCAGAUCCACUGAUAAAGGAUCCCUGGUGGCUAAAGUGAUCGCCUUAGACACAGACUCUGUGCACAACUCUCGGAUUACCUACCAGUUUCUCCAGGUGACUGAUGCUUCCUUGUUCAGCUUGGACCAAUACAAUGGAGAGAUCAGGACUAUGAGGAUGUUCAGUUACAAAGACUCGCGCCACCUCAGACUGGUUGUUGUUGCCAAGGACAACGGGGAGCCUGCUCUCUCUGCUACAGUCACCAUCAAGCUGCUGACAGUGGAGACUGAUGUUAAGGCCUACUCUGACAUGACUGAGAUGCCUCUGGAAUACGACAUCUUUUCAGACAUCAACCUGUAUCUGGUCAUCGGUCUGGCCUCGGUGUCAUUUCUCCUGCUCAUCACCAUCCUGGUCACCAUCGUGCUGAAGUGUCAGAAACCCAAACACAGCAAAACUGCUCCUCCCAGCAGGAACAGUGUGAUCAGUGAGAGGAACUCCACCAUCGCAGACUCCACUCUGGUCUCCAAUGAUGCCUACUGGUACAGUCUGUUUCUAGCAGAGACCAGGAAAGGAAAGCUGGUGGUCAGACAGCCUGUGCCAAAGGGCUCCAGAUACAUCGUGUCCAGCAUCCCGAGAGGGACAGGACUGUCAGAGACUAGUGACUCAGCUGCUUCUACUCUGCAGGCCUCCACUACAAGCGGCAACAGCUCCAAGUAAUUCCAGUCCUUCAGCUGUGGAUAUGAUUUUUUUGCCAACAGCAAAAGCCUGGUGGAAGAAAAGAGGAACUCCGUUUAGAGAUCCACCCCCAUGGAUACGCCCUCCUUUGUCUCGUUCCUGUUCCUUACUCUGUGCAGUCGUCAUGCAACUCAAAUGAAUCAGACCAGAAAACAUACCCUGCACUCUCCCAUUCUUUGAACACAUAAACCGCAGAUCAACAACGCCAUGAUGUCCAUACCUAUAUGCAUGAAUAGACUGCAUGGCUUCAACUUAUAUUUAAAAUAUUGUAAAGAUGAGGUCCUGAGAAAUGUGCACUCUAAGUUUGUACAGAAGGCACAACAAGUAUUCCAAGAGAGGACAUGGAAAGGUUGAAAUGCCCUUAGAGACUUUUUAUGUUUAGUAGAAAGAAGCACAUGUUGGAAUUUACAAUUGAAUCCUUUGUGCCCUGCCUUGCGCCAUACAAACACUGAUGUAUAAUAUCAGAGGUAAAAUACAGCACAACUAACUAAAUGUUCAAAAAGCAUUGAAUAAAAUUUAAAGUAAUUAAAUAGAAUCAGCAUUUUGUAAAUGUGUUUACUGUUAGCUAAAUCAUGUUUACUUGUGUUUUAUAAGUUAGCCAGGCCUAAAUAUGUGAAAGUGCCAAGUCCAUCAUAAGCACAAAUGAAUAGAAUUGAGGCCUUUCUUCAGCCAUCAUGCCUUUCAGUUGUUUUCUGCAAGAAACAAUAGAGUAAGACGUAUCAAUAUGUUACUUUCUGCAAUUACGGCAGACAUGUUUUUUUUUUGUUCUUUU